AUGGUUCGCGGCGAGGCUUCCCAGACUAAGGUCCACUUCAAGGGCCAGGAGGACGACUUCAUCAUCUUCGUUGAGGACCCCGAGCUCUACAAGAAGUGGAAGACCGACAAGUCUGUUCCUCUGGCACACUUCAUUUCCUCAUACAAGAUCUUCGUCACGCACAAGCAAGGUGCACAGGGCCAGUACGAUGCCGCUUCCAAGUCCACACUCGAGAACGAGUUUGGUACCAGCGUCGAUGAUGAAGUGAUCAAGCAGAUCCUUGAGAAGGGUGACACCCAGAACAUUGAGUUCCCCGACCGCCAGGGUCCCAAGAACGAUUCCCAGGGCGGCAUGGUUGCCCACUAG